CAAGAAGCGCGCGAAGCUGCUCAGAGACUGACCGAUCUUUUCAAAUUUCAUAAACCAUGGGCAAGCAAAAACAACUGGUCAUUUCCCGGUUCUUCGCACGAAAGCCUGAAACAAAUAACCCGCCGCCACCGUCACCGCCUCCACCAGUAUCAUCUUCUCCACCACCCAAAAUUUCAACAACCGUCUCCUUCUCUCCCGCCAAACGCAAACUCCUCUCUACCCAUCUCACCACCACCCCCAAAAAACCCAAACUUUCUUAUGACAUUCCUACCCCCUCCUCCUCCUCCUCAUCUCUCCACCAAAAAUUCCUCGACAAACUUCUAGAACCUUCCUCUCCUGAAACCUCAAUAAAACCACCCUCUUCAUCAUGUCCUAAUAUCAAGUACACCCCACUAGAGCAGCAAGUAGUUAACCUCAAAACCAAGUACCCUGAUGUUCUUUUAAUGAUUGAAGUUGGUUACAAGUACCGAUUUUUCGGACCAGAUGCUCAAAUUGCGGCUACAGUAUUAGGGAUUUAUGCACAUAAGGAUCAUAACUUUAUGACGGCCAGCAUACCAACUUAUCGGUUAAAUGUCCACGUCAGAAGAUUGGUUAGCGCUGGCUAUAAAGUUGGGGUUGUUAAACAGACUGAGACUGCUGCUAUUAAAGCACAUGGGGAUAAUAAAGUUGGCCCAUUUUGUAGAGGGUUGUCGGCGUUGUAUACGAAGGCGACUUUGGAGGCUGCGGCGGAUGUUGGUGGCGGAGAAGAGCGGUGUGGGGGUGGGAGCAAUUAUUUGUGUUGUGUUGUUGAUAAAAGUGAGAGUGGUGAGUUUGAUACGAGGAUUGGGUUUGUUGGUGUGGAGAUUUCAACUGGUGAUGUUGUUUAUGGUGAGUUUAGUGAUGGUCUUUUGAGGAGUGGACUUGAGGCUGCUGUUUUGAGUUUGGCUCCUGCUGAGUUGCUGCUCGGAGACCCGCUUUCUAAAGAAACUGAGAAGUUGCUCCUUGCAUAUGCUGGACCUUCCUCAAAUGUCAGAGUGGAGCGAACCUCGCGAGUUCACUUAAGUGAUGGUGGUGCACUUGCUGAAGUGAUGUCUUUAUAUGAGACGGCGAGUAAACAUACGGCAGUCUGUGAGGAUCAACAAAGGACGGACAUGAUAGAGCACGGCAAUACUUCCUUGGCUAUUGAGGGAAUCAUGAACAUGCCAGAUUUGGCUGUGCAAGCGUUGGCCUUAACCAUCUCUCAUUUAAAACAAUUUGGAUUUGAACAAAUUUUGAGUCUUGGAGCUUCAUUUCGACCAUUCUCUAGCAACAUGGAGAUGAUCCUUUCAGGCAAUACACUUCAACAAUUAGAGGUUUUGAGGAAUAACUCAAAUGGGUCCGAGUCUGGCUCCUUGCUGCAGAUCAUGAAUUGUACUAUUACCAUUUCUGGUUCCCGGUUAAUAAGACACUGGGUGGCUCACCCUUUAUGUGAUAAAGAGAUGAUAUCUGCUCGUCUUGAUGCUGUUUCUGAGAUUUCAGAAUCCAUGAUGUCUUAUAACGCAUCACAAAAUGUUGGUGAAUUUGGGGAAGAGGAUUAUAAUUUUUCAAUUGAAAAGCCUGACUUCUAUUGCUUGCUUACUUCCGUUUUGACAAUGUUGGGAAAAUCACCUGAUAUUCAGCGCGGAAUUACAAGAAUUUUUCAUCGGACUGCCACUGCAUCUGAGUUCAUUGCAGUUAUUCAAGCCAUAUUAAAUGCCGGGGAACAACUUCAGCGAUUUCACAUUGAAGAAGAGCAGAACAAUGAGAGAGUUGAAGCAAGGACUGUGAACUCAGUUCUAUUAAGAAAGUUGAUUUUGACUGUGUCAUCAUCCAGUGUACUAGCUGUUGCUGCAAAAUAUUUGUCUACCCUGAAUAAGAAAGCUGCUGAAAAUGGGGACAUGGCAAACUUAAUCGUUGUUUCUAACGGCCAAUUCCAAGAGGUUGCAAGAUCCCGAAAAGAAGUUCAAUUGGCGAAGUCUAAAUUGGAGUCUUUGAUAAGUUUAUAUCGCAAGCAGCUUAGAAUGUGUAGAUUGGAAUUCAUGACCGUCUCCGGAAUCACUCAUUUGAUAGAGUUGCCUGCAGAUGUCAAAGUACCAUUAAGCUGGGUGAAAGUUAACAGUACAAAGAAGAUGAUUCGUUAUCACCCACCCGAAGUAUUAGCUGCCUUAGAUCAGUCAAAACUGGCUAAUGAGGAGCUCAUGGUUGUCUGCCGAGCUGCAUGGGAUAGCUUUCUAAGAGGUUUUGCCAAACACUAUGCUGAAUUCCAAUCUGUUGUUCAAGCACUUGCUGCUUUGGAUUGUUUGCACUCGCUCGCCACUCUGUCAAAGAAUAAGAAUUAUGUCCGUCCCCAGUUUGUGGAUGAUGAUGAACCUGUUCAGAUACAUAUAUCCUCUGGUCGUCACCCAGUUUUGGAGACCAUUUUACAAGACAGUUUUAUCCCAAAUGAUACACACUUAUGUGGUGAUGGAGAGCAUUGCCAGAUUGUCACUGGGCCCAAUAUGGGGGGCAAGAGUUGCUAUAUUCGCCAAGUUGCUCUCAUCACUCUGAUGGCUCAGGUUGGUUCCUUUGUACCAGCAUCAUCAGCAAGAUUGCAUGUGUUAGACGGCAUCUACACUCGAAUGGGAGCUUCUGACAGCAUCCAACAAGGGAGAAGCACCUUUUUGGAAGAGCUGAGUGAGGCAUCUAAUAUACUCCAUAAAUGCACAGCAAGUUCCCUGGUUAUUAUCGAUGAGCUUGGGAGGGGCACAAGCACACAUGACGGGGAAGCUAUUGCCUAUGCUACAUUACACCAUCUUCUAGAGCAAAAAAGAAGCAUGGUCCUCUUCGUAACCCAUUACCCAAAAAUUGCUGACAUCAAAAAUGAAUUUCCGAACUCUGUGGGGGCAUACCAUGUAUCGUAUCUGACUGCAGAGAAAAAUGGGUCUGUGGCAGAGUCGAAUUUUGUUGAUGAAGAUGUCACUUACCUUUACAAGUUGGUGCCUGGUGUGUCAGAGAGGAGUUUUGGAUUUAAGGUUGCGCAGCUAGCACAGUUACCUUUGUCAUGUAUAAAACGUGCUACUGCCAUGGCGGCAAGACUGGAAGCGGUGGUAAGCUGCGAAAGGAGAAACAGAUUGGAUAAAGGUCAGCUGCUAAAGACACUGUCAAGUGAUCAGCAAAAAAACCUUUUAGGAUCUUCUGAUUUCUUCCAGGAUGAGAAGACUGAGAAUCAUAAAGAACUAAGCGAUUGUUACGAGAAUUUCUUUUCAAACUUGAGGCUCGCAUUACUCAGUGGAGAACCUGGUAGAGGUUUUCAGUACUUGGAGAAUGCUAGAAGCAUUGCAAAGGCAUUAAUAAACAGGUGACAUUUCAGUUUCUGAGUCACUCAAAUUUAUCACAUCGAUAAAUUGAUCAUUGGUUGGCUGACAUCUCGAAACCAUACGGCAAGGUGGAGCCGGAGAAGGGCUCAAAAGAUCAAUGACCUCAUUCUUAGGAAGACUUGCACCAACAUAACAGGAAGAUGAGGCAGCAUUGUUGUUUAAAUUGCUUUUCGACCCUAAACGAACCGCAAUUCCGCUUGUUCUCUCCCCUGAUAUCAUUGAUUUUGAAGGAACAAAAUCCCCCGAUACCACAGAUUUCGAAGAAAUGGAAUCCCCUGAAAUCACUGAUCUUGAAGGAACAGAAUCGUUAAGUGCAGUAUUACUUUCGGAUUCAAUGUCAAGCAUCAAAUUUUGAAGCAUUAAAUUAAUUUCAGCUACUGUAGAUCUGCUUUCUGCUUUCUUUGUUCUUGGUUUCCGGUGAUUCUGUUUCUUCCCCAAGGCUCUCUUCUGCUCAAACUCAGCAAUCCUUUCCGGACAAGCACUGUAUAUAAGCAAGAAACAAGGUCAACUUUAAAAUUUCGAACUGGGAUAUGAUACCAGAAUGAUAUUUUCAUAGGAUUUGACCAAGUUGCAAUUACAACAUAAGAAGGUCUUAUUUAUUUUGCUUGUUUCAAAUAAUUUGACCAAACCCUUCUUAUUAAGGUAAAUAUGCAAAUCCUCAAAUCAGCCAAAGGUCUAGCAAUGUGCUCAUGUUUCAACUGACUUUUUGUAAUUCGAAGUGAAUAGAGAAAACAGAUGACAAUUAUACAGCA